AUGGCCGCCCUGGGCAUCAUGGUCGCCCUGCUGGUGUGGACGGCCACCUUGCUGCUCAUCUCCAUCUGGACACACAUCUACAGCAACAGGCGACUGCCCCCUGGCCCUUUCCCACUGCCCUUCGUUGGGAACAUUUUCCAGUUGGAAAUUAAGAAUAUUCCCAAAUCCUUCACCAGGCUGGCAGAGCGUUUCGGCCCAGUGUUCACCCUGUACCUGGGCUCACGGCGCUUCGUGGUCCUGCACGGCUACAAGGCCGUGAAGGAGGUCCUGCUCGACUACAGGAAUGAGUUUUCUGGCAGAGGAGAAACCCCCGCGUUCCAGGUGCACCAGGACAAAGGGAUUAUUUUCAAUAAUGGACCGACCUGGCAGGACACCCGGCGGUUCUCCCUGACCACCCUCCGUGACUUCGGGAUGGGGAAACAGGGCAAUGAGCAGCGGAUCCAGAGCGAGGCCCAGCUCCUGCUGGGGGCACUCCGGAAGACCCAUGGCCAGCCCUUCGACCCCACCUUUGUCAUCGGCUUCGCGCCCUACAACGUCAUCUCCGACAUCCUCUUCCACAAGCGCGCCGACUACAACGACAAGACGGCUCUGAGGAUGCUGAGUUUGUUCAACGAGAACUUCUACCUGCUCAGUAGCCCCUGGAUCCAGCUUUAUAAUAAUUUCCCAGGCUACAUACGUUACCUGCCUGGAAGCCAUAGAAAACUAAUCAAAAAUGUGUCUGAAAUAAAAGAGUAUGCUCUAGAAGGAGUGAAGGACCACCAGAAGUCGCUGGAGCCCAGCUGCCCCCGAGACUUCACCGACACCAUGCUGAUGGAAAUGGAGAAGGAAAAACACAGUACAGACCCUGUGUACACCUUGGACAACAUUGCUGUGACCGUGGCCGACCUGCUCUUUGCGGGGACAGAGACCACCAACACCACCCUGAGAUACGGGCUCCUGAUUCUCAUGAAACACCCGGAGGUCGAAGAGAAACUUCAUGAAGAAAUUGACAGGGUGAUUGGGCCAAGCCGAAUCCCUGCCGUCAAGGACAGGCUGGAUAUGCCCUACCUGGACGCCGUGGUGCAUGAGAUUCAGCGAUUCAUCGACAUCAUUCCCUCCAACCUGUCCCACAAAGCAACCCGGGACACAGUGUUCAGAGGAUACGUCAUCCCCAAGGGCACAGUCAUAAUUCCGACACUGGACUCCCUCUUGUAUGACAGCCAAGAAUUCCCUGAACCAGAGAAGUUUAAGCCAGAGCACUUUCUGAAUGAAAAUGGAAAGUUCAAGUACAGUGACCAUUUCAAGCCAUUUUCUGCAGGAAAGCGGGCGUGUGUUGGAGAAGGCCUGGCUCGCAUGGAACUGUUCCUGUUUUUGGCCUCCAUCCUGCAGCACUUUAACUUGAAGUCGCUGGUAGACCCCAAGGAUAUCGACCUCAGCCCCAUCGCAAUUGGGUUUGCCAAGGUCCCCCCCCAUUACAAACUCUGUGUCAUUCCCCGCUCACAAGUGUGA